AGUCCCAGCUGGCUACUCUGCAGAGCUGGUGCCAUUCCAGCCUUGGUUAGUCCCACCAUGACUGUCUCCCUAGAAUUUGGCCUGGUUAAUGCAGCCAACCGAUACCUGACUGCUGAGCCCUUCCGCUUCCAGGUGUCGGCCACUGGCAAGCAGCUGAAGCCUCGCCAGGUCUGGGUGCUUAAGUUCGUGAGCCCUCAUGGCGCUGGGGCAGCCGGCCCUGGAGAAGGGGCUGGCCAGAAGCUUCACCUGGUCAGUGCCCUGAAACGUUACUUGGCAGCUGACGCAAAUGGCAAAAUCACCUGUGACCAGGAUAAGCCAGGACCACAGACCUUCUUUCUGCUCCAUCAGUAUCCAGAUGGCAAGGUCUCUUUCCAGAAUGAACAGUCCAAGCGCUACCUGGGUGGCGCAGAGGAGAAUGUCACUUGCUUCGCCCAGGUUGCCACCGAAACUGAAAAAUGGACCUUACACCUGGCAGUGCACCCCAAUGUUGCAAUGUUCAACCCCAACAAAAAGCGUUACGUGCGCUGUGAUGAGAAAGCUGGGGUGCUGCGCUGUGAUCGCGACAUGCCUUGGGGAGCGGAAUCCGUCAUCACAGUCUACUAUGAUUUCAGAAGUCGGGAGUCCGUGGCACACAAUGCUGACAGAAGGCAAUUGUCCCCAUAUGCACCAGUGAAAAAGUAUGGCUUAAGGAAUGGGACUGGCAAAAUGUUGGCGGCCAAUGGCUCACUGGUAUCAGAUAUCGGCCCUGAAACCUUGUACUCCCUGGAAGUGAAUGGUGGCUUGGUUGCCCUGCGGGAUGAUGAAGGGAAGUACUUGAGCGCGCGAGAAGGUGGCAUAAAAACUGUAAAGAUGGACAAACCUGGACGAGAUGAGCUCUUCAGUAUGGAAUCCAGCCCUGCCCAGGUUUCGCUGCGUUCCUUUUCUACUAACAAGUUCAUCUGCUGCAGACCAGGAGCUGACCUCUAUGCCAAUGCUAUGGCUGUUGGCAACACAGAGAUCUUCCAGCUGCUAUUCGAUGAUGCCACAAAGAAAAUCUGCUUCCGUGGCUACUGUGGCACAUACAUGUCCUUGGGCCCCAAUGAUUGUAUUAUCAGCAGCAGUAAACAAGACAAGAACGUCUGGUUUGAUCUUCACUAUCAGGACCAGAAGGUGAUGCUUCGCAUAGGGGACAAAUAUGUGUCCAUGCGACCAAAUGGACAACUGCUGGCCAUUCCCAAAGCUGCAGGAAAAAUUGAAGAUUUCUUGCUGGUACUGGUGAACCGGCCACUGCUAGUCCUGCACAGUGAUGCCGGCUAUGUAGGAUUGGGCUCCGACGUGAGACGGUUGGAAGGGAACUGUGUCAGCUAUGUUCCCAGCAGCCUGUCACUCACUGAGGAAGGCUACUACAAUUUCCAAAUUGAAAACAAGUGCUGGGCCUUGGAAAAAGAUGGACAGAUCUCCAUCACCAGUGACCAUCCCUCAAAUUUCACAAUCCAAUUUGCAUCCUCAACCUGCCUUGUAAUCAGAGCAUCCAACAACAAGUUUUUGGUGGCUGAACAAGGAGGCCGAUUGUGGGCUGGAGCUUCAGACCCAUCUAAUGCAACUCUGUUCCACUACUGAAGGCUUUUGGCCUGCCAUGUCCAUUAAUAAAUGUCUGCAGUGUGGGCUCAGUGAA